GAAAUGGCACACCGUUACACAUUCAUAAUUACUGGGGAUGUGCCGUUAAGGAGGGGACUACUGCUUUGCAAUUGCUCGCACUCAAAUUUCAUAUAAAUUUGGUUCAGUAUCGUGACCACUGACUUUAGAAGACGAAUGAGAGAAAAGGUUAUAACAGUGGCUCGUAUCAACAGUUUUGUGUCAAAGAAUAAAAGAUUAGCAAUCGAAUGACACCAGCAUCAAUGUGAAAUGUAGUCUCAUCUGUACAAGAAAAGAAAAAAGGAAAUCUUUAACACUGGUUCGUGCAGCUUGACCCAUUUGCUCUACCCAUACAAGCUUCACAAUGCGGCUAACCCAUGUGCUUUACAAGCAACGGGUGCACUACCUCUUUGACAAGUUGUGGAAGGACAGGAGAACCCUGCGCCGUGUGGAUGAUUUCGGAGUGCCGAAGCCCAUACUGCAAGAGGGUUUUAAGGUGUUCGAUGCCUUGGAAGUGACUAAGACAGAGGAGAAACUGGAGCCAUUUGAGCUCCCGGAGCCUUACUGUGAGCCUGUGACAGCAGCUAAGGACAGUCGUAACCCCGACUGGCAUGACAAGGAGGCCUAUCUUAUCCACAAGAGCACAAGGCUACUAGAAGGGGAUAAACAUAUGUGCCUCCUGACCAAGACGCUACGGUGCGAAGGGACCCCUAAGCCUCUACAAGGAUAUGAAUCUUCUCAGCAUGAAACAGCAGCCUUUGAGGCAUUAUGGCGUGUUCAUUUCGGAGACUGCUACCAAAUAAAGCUGCCUCGGAAGCUGGAUGUUACUAAACCUCAUUGGAGAUUCCCCCGGGAGUUUGGUGUGCCCAUCCAAAGGCGUGUGUCACUUGUCCUGGACAAUUUCAAUGAGUUGUGUGAAAAACUGACUAGUCAUGAACCUGGAGCCAUGGAGCAUGCUCUCUUCAAAGACCUUUAUAGCAGAGUUUCCCUUCAGAAGGAUGACGGCAACCUGAUGGUUUUCACGAGUGAAGUGGACAGUGUGCUAACGUCGCAGAAGCCACUGGCGGCUCAUAGUUCUCCACAAGAAGUAGCAGCCACUGCUGAGGCUCCUCUACCAGACCUUUUUCCUGCAAAAUAUACACUGGACCUGGACACAAGAAACAUAUACCGCAUGGACGACUUUUUUCCUCUAGGGGGCAACAAACCAAGGCACAUCCAUACGUUGCAUGUGACACACCCCUACUACUACUUCUGGUUUCCUGAGCAGAAACUGGCCAGGGCUAUUCUGGCCUGCUUCACCUUUGCUGCUGCACAAGCCAGACACAUCUAUGGGGUGGACACCUUGACCCCACCUGAACCAGUGGUAGUUCAGUGUACAUACAGUGAUGUAAACAGUAUGGGCUUCCUAGUGUACCAGCUGAAUACUCUUAACCUGGCUAACAAUGAAGGUGUGAAAAACCAGGUUUGGGUGGAGGAGGCACAGCCACUGUACUCAACCUGCAGUCGUGAAGAGGGACUUCAGGGCCACAACGGGCUCCUCUUCGACCGUUUCUUGGCAUUCUACCGCAGCUAAUAGCAGGAGCUUCUUAGCUGAUUGAUGCUCUGUAUAGUUCAUAACUCUACGUUAUUACAAUAAUAAAUUUAAUUUGUCCACUAUA